CCUCCCAACUCACUCCUUCUUCCCAUUUCCAUUUCCAUUUCCAUCCCCCCCUCCCCCGUUCGCUGCAACACUCGUUCGCUUCGUUUUGUUGCCUGCCGUUCGCUUCAUUUUUGCCCGCCAUCGCGACAAUCACUCUUUGACUUGAGCCGAGACACUUCAAAUCUUGUGGUACCCAACACCAAGCAUCCAAGCCCACUACCUCCUUGACCUCCACUCCAUCCCCUCACUCGAUUCCUCCUAUACGCCCGCUACUCACCUCUACCUAGCCAUUCACACUCGGUUUACCCUCUCUGAAUCGCGGCCGCUGACUCUUGUUGCUGCUCUCAGUUUGCCUCGCAGAGGCUCAAGCCAGCGAAGACGCGGUUGAUGACCGUGGAAAUCGAACAGGCUACCCUACUACGAAACAACACGGCGCCGGCCUCCAUAAACACCACAAUGACGACCAACGGAACUCCGUCGAACGGAAUGGCCGCCCAGAAUGGCAACGGUGCGAACACGCCGUCGGUCUCGAUCAUGUCCGCGCCGACCGCGAGCGACAGCAUCAUCAACAGGGGGGCGGAUCCAGCUCAGGGGCUCUACCAGACAUGCCUCACGCUACGUGAGCGGUUACGAGAUGUUCCGGAAUUCGAGAAGUUCCUUGAACCGCCAGAAGACGCGGACCCGAAUGUGCCAGAAGACCCCGUCACGCAAUUGUGGAGGUGUUUCCGGAUGGGAUCGAGUCUCUGCGUGUUGUUCAACGCGACACAGCCCGCCGAGCUCAUCCAGGAUGCUCGGCUGAGUCCGAGCUUGAAAACAGUCAACGACUGUAAAGCCGCGACAUUCCACUUUUUGAAGGGAAUCAAACAGGAAUUGCAAAUCGACGGCGAUGACGCGUUCAUGAUCCACAACCUCUACUCCGACGAUACAAACGGCUUUGUGAAGGUGACCAGAACCGUUCAAAGGAUUCUUGACAUACUCAAAGAACGUAACCUCCUACUAGAGCGAGGGAGCACGGAAGCAAGCCCGGAAGCCGAGAAGAAACCUCUGGACAGCCGAGCGCGAGUAGUGAAGGAGCUGGUUGAUACGGAGAGGAAAUACGUGCAGGACUUGGAGAUUCUGCAAGAGUAUAUGCGAUGUCUGGAACGUGAAGAGAUUGUUUCGAAAGACCUCAUUCACAACCUGUUCUUGAACCUCAAUCAGUUAGUGGACUUUCAACGGCGGUUCUUGAUCAGGGUGGAAACGCAGAAUGAUCUACAGCCGGAACAACAGAAUUGGGGGAAUCUUUUUGUUCAAUAUGAAAAAUCAUUUACUGUGUAUGAACCAUACGCUUCCAACUUUUACAGUGCCCAGCUUUUGGCUCAGGAGUCGCGAGAACAACUAAUCAAGAUGCCGCAUCCGGUCUUUGACAAUUUGACCGCGUUCCUGAUCAAGCCCGUGCAGAGAGUCACGAAGUACCCGCUGCUUCUGAGGGAUUUGAUCAAAUACACCCCCGCCAUGGAGUCCGAGGAGAAGUUCCUACCACAAGGAUUAGAGGCCAUCGAACGGAUCAACAGUCAAAUCAACGAAGCUAUCCGUAAGGCGGAGAAUGCUGAAAUUGUCAAGGAUUUGGAAGGACGUGUUGAAGAUUGGAAAGGUCACAAACUAGAACACUUCGGAGAACUUCUGCUGCACGGACAGUUCUCCGUGAUCAAAGGUGAUAUCAAGGGGGAGGUUGAGAGAGAGUAUUACAUUUACCUCUUCGAACGUAUUCUUUUGUGUUGUAAAGAAAUCGGCGCUAGCAAGAAACAGAACAAAACAAUGUCGGUGCGAAAUGCACGGGGAGCGCCCGGCGCGAACAAGAAGAAGAGUAAUCUUCAAUUGAAGGGCCGGAUUUUUAUGCAGAAUGUUACAGAUGUCAUUUCUCUGGCUCGGAACGGAUCUUACACAUUGCAGAUUUUCUGGAAGGGCGAUCCGGGUGUUGAAAAUUUCAUGAUCAAGCAUGCGAACGAAGAAGGUCUGACACAUUGGAAGAAGAUUCUACAGCGGCAGACGGACCAAUACACGAGAGGGGAUGGCCCUGGACGGGCCAGAGGCAGUGGACAGUCGACCGCAGCGACUCAGUUUGCGUGGAUGGCCAAUACCGACACUGCAGACCUGCAGGAUAGCAGAGAUGCAUCAGAUGACGAUGACGACGCCACCAUCGUGCAGGAAGGGCACAAUCCACAUUUCUCGCAGCUCUCUGGCGCUACUCUGGUUUCUAGUCGUAAUGGAUCAACCACAAGUCUGCGAUCGCGUUCGACCACCAACGAGAACAUGCCUCCGCCACCAGGCGUUGCCGCAUUCCUGCCCCGCGGACAACAAGCGGCCACACCUCCGUCAUGGUACCCGCCUCCGUCGCACACCCCGCCGCUAACCCUAAACACGAACCCCGCCAUCCAAGCCUUGGCGAACUCUCCAGAACGAGGCAACGGUUCCUACUUUUCACCCGUCGAGACACCCUUGAUGUCCCGUACUGCGUCUACUGCAUCCGUUCAAGCUUACCCAUUCCCACGAUACCCUGCGGGGUCCGGAUACUACGAGGAGCCCGGCCAAUACACGCCAACCAGCAUGUCUCGUUCAUCUUCACGAGAAGGUCCCAAUGGGGCCGCUCCUUAUGCUCCAUUCCAAAACAAUGCAGCAUAUCAGAACAGCCAGCGGCUCCAGAGGCCAUCUCUGCCCGGGAUGAGCUCCGCGACGCAGGUUGGAAAUCAGCAAAGUCGCAUGCGGUCGGCUAGUAGUCCGAAUAUCCAUCACCUUCCCGGGUCAUCAUCGCUGUCUCGGGUUUCCCCUGGCGGAAACAUUCCCCCGGUGCCCUCACUACCUGGAUCAUACAUUCCGUACUCUGGCGGCCCCGCCGUGAUCAAUCGAAGCGAGACCAGUUCUCCCACAUCCCCGCAACUUCCCAUUCAUGGUCCGAUGACGGAUGAUCCCCAGGAUUAUCGGAACGGGAGCAAUGGCGUGUUGACUCCACCGCCCAACGGAAAGAGCCAGGUGAAGGUCAAGAUUCACUACAACAACGACACACUCGCGAUCAUUGUGCCAUUCAACAUUGCCUACGCACAACUGAUGGACCGCAUCGAACGUAAGGUACGCAUCUGUGGAAAUGGUCCAGAGAUCGCACCAUCAACAUCUAUCCGGAUUCGCUAUCAAGACGAAGAUGGCGACUACAUAUCAAUGAACUCGGAUGAUGAUGUGCUGAUGGCGUUUGACGUUGGGAGUGAACAAGUCACGCUCUACGUCUACUUGGCCUAAGUGGUUGAUGGUGUUUUUCUCGUUCGAUUUUUUGGUUGGUAUCUUUCUGGGGUUGA